AUGAAAGAUCCUCGAGCUACGAAGCGAAGGAGGGUCUCCGAACAGUCUCCCGAAGACGAUGAUGGAGAUGUGACGAUGGAAGACACUGGUGACCUCAACUCUGCGGCAUCCUCUCCCGAGCAAGAUGCGGAUUCGGAAGAAGACCAGGAUUACAGCGGGUCUCCAAAAGGAACCUCGCGCGACCAGAGUGCUCGUCGCGGUAAAAGCGAUGUGCCUGACGGGUUGAGGGAGGAUGGAGUCGAGACACCUAGAAGCACGCGAACCAGUGGACGGCAGCGCAGACCACCACAACGCUUCGAAGACGUUCAAACACCAACCUCGACUCGAACUCGAAAAACGACCGCCACCCCGCGAAGCACCCGCCGCACUAAAAGUGUACAAAAGCCCCGGCCAGAGUCGGUCGAGACCUCCGAGAUGGAAAUCGAUGUAAAACCCGAAAAGCCCACCGUUUCUGUUGCUAGGACGAGGUCUCGGAAGGGGCCGGCCAAGGCCAAGCCGCAGAGUGAGGAAGGAAGCAUGGCUGAAGAACCCACGAGGGAUCCUUCGCCGUCCUUGGAAGCAGAUAAUGGUGGCAUUGAUGAUUUGUUGGACAUGCAAUUACAACACGAUAUUACCGCAAAUACAGAACCGCAAGAACUUGACGAGACGGCCGAACCUCUUCCUGACUAUGCGGAGAGAUUCCAGGCGCUUUGUCAGUCCGGCUUGCAGGAGCCGCUUUGCGUUCUCACUGACGCUGUUCUCGGCAAGAUCACUGGAAAGAGGCGGAUGCCCCUCAAGGGCCUCGAGGGUGAAUACGCCAAGGUCCAUCACCUCGUUGAACAAACCGUCACUGUGGGUGAGGGUAACUCGAUGCUUCUUCUUGGCUCACGUGGCUGUGGCAAGACGGCGAUUGUCGAAACGGUUAUCUCGUCUCUAUCGAAGGAUCAUGGCAAUGACUUCCAUGUCGUUCGGCUGAAUGGGUUUUUCCACACGGACGACCGUCUUGCUUUACGAGAGAUGUGGCGGCAGCUUGGUCGUGAGACGCAUACAGAAGACGACGCUGCCAAGGUCAGCUCUUACGCCGACACCAUGGCCACCUUGUUGGCUUUGUUGUCUCACCCGGAAGAGCUGUUCGGGGUUGGUAACGGUGAUAAAGUCACUGCUGCCAAGUCGGUUGUCAUCCUUCUGGAUGAGUUUGAUCUGUUCGUGACCCAUCCUCGACAAACCUUAUUGUAUAAUCUCUUCGAUAUAGCCCAGGCGCGAAAGGCUCCUAUCGCAGUCAUCGGCCUCACCACCAAAGUGGACGUGACGGAGAUGUUGGAAAAGCGUGUCAAAAGUCGUUUCAGCCACCGAUAUGUCUAUAUUCCGUUGCCAAGGAACUUUGAGGCUUUUGCGGAGAUUUGCUUGGCAAGCUUAAAUCUGGAUGAGGAUGAGGUUGAAGAGCUUGCGGACAACCUUGGCUCCCAGCGCUCAAUUAUGGACUCGGCUGGCUGGAACACUCUGGUCCAUGGAUGGAGGGAGUACUUGCAGGGACUGUUCAACGACACGGAAUUCCAACACCACCUAAAGAAAAUUUAUCAUCAAACAAAGUCAGUCAAGGAGUUCCUCACGAGCGCGCUUCUUCCCAUCAGCAACCUGCGCCUCGGUGCAGGACUCAUCCAAGAUCCAAACUUCCACAUCCCUGCGCCCAGAAACUUUGUCACCGAGUCCCUGGCAUGUCCAGAUCCUGCUCCGCUUCCAUUCUCGACCUCGACAACUGCAUCGUUCAGUCCUUCUUCCCUCCCACUCGCUCUUCUUCUGGCAGCGACUCGGCUCUCCGCGCUCUUCGAUCCCAGCAAUGACAGCCUCCCGGGCCAAGUGGUCGGCCCCCUGGCUCUAUCAUUUCCCGCCGCGUACGCCGAGUACGUGCGGCUGCUCACAUCGGCGAAAACUUCUGCAUCGGUGUCAGGUGCGGCAGCGACGCCUGGUCGUGUAUGGGGCCGGGAUGUGGCACGAGAGUCCUGGGAGAAGCUCGUCACCUGGGGCCUCGUCACGCCCGUGGGAAGUGGCAAUGGCACGGCCGAUGGACAGAUGUUCCGUGCAGAGAUCAGCUUUGAGGAGGUCGUGGAAAUGGCAGGCACAGGAAGCUCUCUGGGUCAAUGGUGGAGGGAAUAA